ACAAGGCAGCGCGCCGGGCCGACGCGGCCGGCUCCGGAGCCCUUUGUGAGGGCGGCGGGCUGCGCCAGACAGCGGCACCAUGAGCGGCUCGGGCGGGACGUCGACAGCGUCCGUCAGCUCCGCGCCGCCCGCGCAGGAGGAGGGCAUGACGUGGUGGUACCGCUGGCUGUGUCGCCUGUCGGGAGUGCUGGGGGCCGUCUCCUGUGCCAUCUCUGGCCUCUUCAACUGCGUCACCAUCCACCCCCUGAACAUCGCGGCUGGCGUGUGGAUGAUCAUGAACGCCUUCAUCCUGCUGCUCUGCGAGGCGCCCUUCUGCUGCCAGUUCAUCGACUUUGCCAACACGGUGGCGGAGAAGGUGGACCGGCUGCGCUCCUGGCAGAAGGCUGUCUUCUACUGCGGGAUGGCCAUCGUCCCCAUCGUCAUCAGCCUGACCCUGACCACGCUGCUGGGUAACGCCAUCGCCUUCGCCACCGGGGUGCUGUACGGACUCUCGGCUCUGGGCAAAAAGGGCGAUGCCAUCUCCUACGCCAGGAUCCAGCAGCAGAAGCAGCAGGCGGAUGAGGAGAAGCUCACCGACACCCUGGAGGGAGAGCUGUGAGGCAGGUCGGGUGACCCGCUCCCUCCCGCUCACCCCUCAGACUCUGUGUGAGCACGUCCCGCAGGAAUGAGGCCUGGAGCGUUGACCCUGGAAGAGGAGCCCUUGCCUGGCUCCCGUCAGCCCCUCUACACCUGUCCCUACACCUGGACUCCUCUUCUGUCUUCCCUCUCUCCAGAUUUGUCUCCCCUGCCCCGGGCCUUAGCAGCAUGGAGAUGGGCGGUGGCAGCUGGCAGCCCGGGCCUCGGGGUGACCCAGGCCGCAGGAUUGGGGCAGAGCAGGGCCUGCCUGCACCCCCCCCCCCCCCAGCCAGCCAGGCUCCUUUGGACACGGGCCACCGAGUGGGCGUCCAGAUCAGCACCGCUCGCAGGGCCGCAGGGCCAGGAGGAGCUUCCUUGGGAGACGCUGGUCCCGUCGUGAGCUGGGAGGCACGGCGCCCUGGGCCCGGGCAUGGGUGGGUGAGCUUCCUCUCGCUCUCCAUCAGCACAGCUGCUGCCCGAGGCCACCUCCCGCCGCGCGGGCCCCUCCUGCCACUCUGCUGUCCGUGGGGGCCCGCAGCGCUCCCAGGAUGCUCCUCGGGCCCGGGCAGCAGCCGGACGGCUGCCUAGGGAGCGCCCCUCCCCCGGUUCCCGGGAACCUUGGACUGGGCCACUCCGGGAGACUUCUCGUGGGUUCUCCUCGACGACCCCCAAGGCCCUGGUGCUAAGGAAGCGGGGAGGGCAGGCUCUCCCCUGCCCCACGGGGUGGGCUGUCCACGUGUCCGUGUGCUCCUGCCGUGUUGGCUGUGGCCUGAGCCCAGUCGGUGGGGCCAAACUCGACCCGCCUCCCAUACCCCUGCCGGCCUGACCUCUACUCUGUCUCCGGAGAGCUUCAGGUAUCUGGGGAGCUGGGCAGAGGCCAGAGCCACCUCCACCCCCGUGAGCUGUCCGUACCAGGUACCAGGCCCGUCGGAGGUGGGGGGCUGAGGAAGUGGCUCUGCCGGGGAUGUGCACUGUCACCCCAGCCUCCCUCCCUCCACCAUUCCUUGCACCCCCUGUGCGCUUCUGCCUCAGCCCGCUGCCUGCCCCGCCAGCCCCAUCGGUACCCAGCUGCUAAGGCUGAGCCCGGGCAGUGAUGGGUACACACGGGCUGGUGUGGAAAGGGCUCCGUCCGGGGCCCAGCUUCCACUCAUCCUUCUCCCACGGCCCCAAGCUACGCCUGCUCCAAGCCCCGAGCUUCGGCCAAGCCCCGCUUUGUUGAAACCAGCCCUACAGCUGUGUCCGGAUCUUUGCUUCCCAGAGGGGGCUCUCCUCCUGGGGCUUCUUAGUGUCCCCUGCGGAGCGGCACUCACUGGCCCAGGGAUCCUGGUCUGGGUCGCGCCCCCCCGCCCCCCCCCAGCCUUCCAGCGAGCCGGCCAGGCCGAGCCCUAGGGCAGCACGGGCCCUGCAGCAUGGCCAGCGGGCAGGACACGUGCCUUCAGGGGUCCUCUGGGACCACCGUUCUCAAGCCAGCACUGGGUUCCAAGGGCUAUGGGCUUCAGGCCUCUCCAGGCGGGUGGGGGGUGUGGAUGUGUGUGUCUGCUGUGUGUGCUGUGAUCAAGACCUGUCUACCUCCCAAGAGGAGGAAGGGCCCUGCCCGCCCCUCUUGGCUCAUUCUUAUCUGGGAAAUGGGACCCAGGGGUCCCUUCUGCCCAGCCCUCCUGCCCCUGCUGCAGGGGCCUCGCUGGCGGGGGACUCUCUGCUGCAGGAGAGGGGCUGGCUGUGUGUCCUGGAAGGUUGCACCUCCAUUCUGUCAGCAGGUCCCGUGGGUGGUGGGUGGUGGGAGGGCCCUCCGACCUCUUAGUCACAGGCAAGAAUGGACAUGUCACGUGCCCGAGGUUCCCAGUGAGUGCAGCCUACUGGUCCCUAGCCGGGGAUCCUGUCCCCCCCCGCCCGUGUGGGCUGCUGCCUCGCAAGGGACAUGUGUCCGGGUGGCAGAAGGGGCUGGGCUGCCAGGGCCCACUCUCACCUCGGUGGGUCUGGACUCUGUCUUCUUGGGGUCCUCGUUCACCGUCCGUGUUUCACUUGUGGUUUGAGCAAUAAAGCCUGGCGGUAGUUUGAAUGCUC